GGGACCCGAGCGCUCCCGGGAGACCCCGGGUGCUGUUGGUGGGGGAGAGAUGGUGCAAGGGGUCUCCCCCAGCACCCCCACUGCCUUUUCGCCCCUCGAUCCUGGGUGGGGUGGGGGCUCCAGGGGCUGGAAAGUUCUGGGACACCCUCCUCCCACGUCCGCAAGCUCGCCAGCCGCCCGGAAUGGAGGGAAACUGGGGAAGGGAGUGGGGUCGGUGGAGGAGAAAGCUCAGUUGGAGGGGGAGGGAAAGGAGGUGGUCGCGGCGGUGGCGUUCCGGAGUGUGGCGACAGCUCGGCGAGGACUUGGUCCCCGGGCUAGGAAAAAGCGGAUGGCCGGGAGGUGGUGUUGGGGGCAAGCUGGGGGUAAUCAGACUGGCUCCACCAGUCCCGGUUCUGGGCUUGGAGGGAAAUUCUUUGCGGGUGAGUCGAGUCCCUGGGGUGUGUCAGACGGGACUGGGCAGACAGGACCGGAAGGUGGAACGUGGGGACCCAGAAGGGGGCCGCCCCCGAUGGGUGUCCGGUGACAGGGCCCCUCUUGUCCCACGGCUGGAGGAGGGCCUCCAACCACCACUUCAGUUUUUUUGAACUGCCAUCAGGUGGGCACGGCCCCCGGCACCCCCACCAGGCACCAUGGACUGGAAGACGCUCCAGGCCCUCCUGAGCGGCGUGAACAAGUACUCUACGGCGUUCGGGCGCAUCUGGCUGUCGGUGGUGUUCGUCUUCCGCGUGCUGGUGUAUGUGGUGGCCGCAGAGCGCGUGUGGGGGGACGAGCAGAAGGACUUUGACUGCAACACCAAGCAGCCGGGCUGCACCAAUGUCUGCUACGACAACUUCUUCCCCAUUUCCAACAUCCGCCUCUGGGCCCUGCAGCUCAUCUUCGUCACGUGCCCAUCGCUGCUGGUCAUCCUGCACGUGGCCUACCGCGAGGAGCGCGAGCGCCGCCACCGCCAGAAGCACGGCGACCAGUGCGCCAAGCUGUACGCCAACGCGGGCAAGAAGCAUGGCGGCCUGUGGUGGACAUACCUGUUCAGCCUCAUCUUCAAACUGGCCAUCGAGUUCCUGUUCCUGUACGUGCUGCAUACACUGUGGCACGGCUUCGGCAUGCCGCGCCUGGUGCAGUGCGCCAACGUCGCUCCCUGCCCCAACAUCGUGGACUGCUACAUCGCCCGGCCCACCGAGAAGAAGAUCUUCACCUACUUCAUGGUCGGGGCGUCGGCGGUCUGCAUUGUGCUCACCAUCUGCGAGAUCUGCUACCUCAUCUUCCACAGGGUCCUGCGGGGCAUAGCCAAGAACAAGUCCUCCAAAAGCCGCAGCCUCCCAUCCUCCACCAGCCGAGCCUCCACCUGCCGCUGCCACCACAAGCUGGUGGAGGCCGGGGAGCUGGGCUCUGACUCUGGUGAUGACAAGGGGCACGCGUCAGCGCCCACCAUGACCCCCAUCUGACCACAGGGUGGGGAGCAGCCCUGGGGCUACCAGGGGGGAGAGGUGGGGGCAGUACUGCACUGAUAGAGGGGCCCUACAGGUGCGGGGUGCACCCCCCUCCUUUUGAAUUCACUAAUCUAUCUAAUUUCAUUGCUGGCAGACUUCCUGUGCACUGGGCACUGUGCUGUCGACCUGGGUAAAAUUCUCCCAACCCAGAGCCAGGGGAGACAGAGGUUGAAACAAGCUAAUUCACUACUGCAUGCAAGGGGACACUUAGGGGGCUCGCAGAGGGCUUCUACCUGACCCAGGAGGAGGUGCUCAGGCCCGGCUUCACUGAGGAAGUAAUGUCAGAGAGGCAGGAGUGCUUCUUAGCAGAAAGAACAGCAGGUGCAGAGAGAAGCCUGGAGAUCACAAAGAGGGAGAUGCUUGCCCUGGCUGGAUGCACCAGAUCCAAGGGAAUCUCCAUUUCCUUGGGAGGAACACCCAGAUUUCUGGGGUGGGAAGGAGGUAGUCUCUAAGCAGUGGGAAGUCUGUAGGGCUGAGAGUGAACUUGUGAGCCGGAGCGGGAGGAGGCUCUGCUGACACCAACCCCUCCUGAGAUACGCAGGGACCUUCCCAGUCCCCACUGCCUUCAGGGGAAGCCCCCUUCUGCCCAGUCCUCUUCCCCCCAGGUUCAGACAACUUUGCUCCCAUCUUCUCCCCACAAAUGUGCUCAACUUAGUGCCAGGCUCUCAGACCCGAGCUCCCAGAGACUCAAGAUAGAUGUUUCUUGAAAUCAAUAAAGUUUGUGUUUUAUA